AUGGAGGAGGACUUGGAUGAUUUCAGUGUCAACCAACGACCGGCGAAACGCUCGGGGGAGGAUGACGGGUUAGUGGCGUCGACGAGGGAACCAGUGCCGGAGGAGUACGUCGAGAACGCCAAGGCGAUCGUGCAGGAAACGUUGAACGGGUUGUUAGAGCACGUUGACGCGUUCGGGGAGAAGACGAGAGAGACGGCGGAGCGGGUGAAGGAGGCGGGCGUUUUGAAUCGCGCCACCGGGAGGGGACUCGAGGGCGAAGAAGUGGUCGGUCUAAGCGGAGACUCGCGAGAGGAAGUUCGAAUCGAAGAUCUCGUGCGAUGCGAGAACGCGCUGCUGAGUAAAUCGACGAUGAUAUUGGCGCACUUGGGCGAAGAGACGCAACGGUUGAACAGAAUAGCGCACGAGACGAUUUAUCCCAUGCUUGCCACGCUGGGAGAGAGACCGGAUGACGAAGAGUCGCUCUCUGAGAGUGAAUUACGACGAUCGUUCGCCGAGAAGCUGCAACCGCUGCAAGACACCCUGCUCUUUAUGGAACAGUUGAGAGCGGUCACGUGUAACUUGUUCUCCCAACUUGCAGUGGUGAGCUCAACGUACACGGCGUACACUCCGUAUCAAUCUGUUCGUCUCGCGUGGUCAUUCGACACCUUAGGUCACGCGCUAGCGAUAGGUCUCGGCAUAGACGAAACAGUCAGGAACAACAGGUCAUUAGGGGCAACGCUGACGAGCUUUAAGCGAGCGGUGUUGGUGCUUCGGGCCAAGCCCGAGCAGUUUGGAAUGAGCGAAGUCGACGUCGCGAGCUUGGAUUCGGCGAUCGUCAUCGUCGAGAAGCAAUUGUUCACGUGUUCAUUCUUCGCCUCGGUGCUUGAUCAGUUGACGUCGACUGAACAAACGGAUCGUUUCAUCAAGGAGCUCGCCGGGGCAGCGCUCGAGCUCAAUGAAGGCGCCAUCGCUCGCUUGAACACCAAAAAAGAGCUUUUGAACGAUAAACGCACGUUGCUGUCGACUUUGUGUCUGACAAUAUUACACUCAAGACUGAUUCUCGACAUACCGGAUAUAAAGCUCUGCUCGCGAGCGUGGGAGGUGGUCAAAGCGUGCGUGCUCGUUCCGGUGACGACGACAGUUGCCAUCUGUCCUGAGACAGUGUUGGAUAUGCAUCUAUCUCCCGCCGCUCGAGAGUGCGUCGGUAACGAUAUGUUAGCCUCAGCUACGUCACUUCGGCGAGAAACGCUCGCGAAUAUUGAUGAGACGUUCCCUGCGAAGCUCCACGACAUGGUGACCGAGUCAGUCGCCUGGCUCUCCCGCUUCACGGCUGUGCCCACAGUGGAGAGCAGUCUAUCGAUCACGAUGAACUCUCGAGUCGAGUUAUUUCAACAGGGAAUUAAACUCGCGAGCGGUUUACGACACUACCUGCAAGAGGUGGUACACUUGCAUGUGUCACUGGAUUCCCCCAUCACCAAGCGUCGGGUGCGGCUCAUCAGCCGAGGCGUGGAACUCCUGCAGGCGACGCAUGAGGCGCUCACUCGAAAAGUCAAUUUGAGCGUGGAGAUUCAGCAUGUGCUCAAUUUUUUAGCUGAUAGAAUAUAUCGUAUCAUGGUUCCCGUGCGGGAAAUAUUAGAAAAUGCGAUUUCGACGUCGACGACAGCGAGUGGUUGGGAGCGCCUUAAAGCGCAUAUUUCUUCGGGAAAAGGAGACAGCAAUAAGCUUGACGUUCUUGCGAACGUCGACAUAGCAGUUCAUGUUCUAUCUGGGCCCGUGACGUUGAAAAGGAUGCAAAUUCUUCGCAUUUGCUUGGAUGCGAUCCGUGGAGCGAACCUCUUGAGUCAAGAAGACGUUGUCCUCUCGGCAGAAUGCGUCGAACUCGCUGAAAGGCUCUGCGUGUACCGGAGAAACAUUCAAGAUGAAUGUGAUACCUCUUUUUUAUUUUUUUCCAGGGAAUUAUUUCCAGUUUGUCUGUCUCAGAUUUACAACGACGCGAACGAAGCUGGACGUGUGAUAUUACUUAUGAACGCGUUCCGAUGCUGCGAGGUGUUGCUGAUGCGCGCGGGGGCGAGUAACGAGGACAUGAUGACGUUCGGCAAUUUUUUGGAGAGGUGCCUGGAUCGUGAAAUAAUUCAACCUCUCUGUCGCGACAUUGAGAACGAUCUGAGGCUCCACCUUCACGCUGCGCACAUAGUUGGCGUCGCUGAUGUGAAUCCGAUGACACAAGGCGUUCGGGACCUGUCGUCGUUCACAAAUUUGCCUCCUGUGCGCAUGUUGAACCGACAAAUCGACAUCAAAAAUCGAGUGGAAAUUUAUUUGAACCGAAUGUUUCACAAUCACACCGCUAUUGCUCUUCACAAUUGGAAGUCUUACAUAGAGAUGCGUAACAUCGCCAUAUCCAAGUACGGUUUACGUUGCUCAGAGAUUGAGCUUCCGAGCAAGACGCUCGAACAAGGUUUGGACGUGUUGGAGUUGAUGCGGAACGUCCACAUCUUUGUGUCACGAUACAACUACAACCUCAACACGCAGUGCUUCGUGGAGAAGGUAAGCGCGGCGCCGGAUCGAAAGCACUUGAACACCAUCAGUACCAGACAUGUAGCGAACUCGAUCAGAACGCAUGGAACGGGUAUCACGCAUACGACCAUCAACUUUGCCUACCAGUACCUCGCGCAGCGGUUUCAGCUGUUCAGCCAGUUCCUCUUCGACGACCACAUCAGAAGCGCGCUGUUGAAGGAGGCUCGAAUGGUGAACGCGGAAACGAAAGCCAAGAGUGAUACGAUCAAGCUGAUCACGAAGCAGUCGGGAUACCGCGCUUCGACGGUCGACGACAAGUUUGAGUAUCCUGUGGAGCGAGCGAUUCGAUUUGUCAGCGAUGUUCGCAAGCUCGGAUUAUCACCCGACGGUUUGUCAUUCAUCGACCAGUUCCGCACAUUGGUGACCGAAAUCGGCAAUGCGCUUGGUUUCGUGCGCAUGGUGAGACUCGGUGCGAUGCAUUACAGCACGAAUGCGGCCAAGUUUGUGCCGAGCUCUGAGGCAAAGCUGGCUCGCAAUCAGAGCUUUGAAGCAGACGGUUUGUCAGAGCAAACGAAGAAGGCGUUGAAAAAUCUCCAGAGCGAGUUGGAGGCGCUCAGUACGGGUGGUACUGAUGGCACCGACUACUUCGAGGUUCUUGUUUCCGUGUUCUCUACGGAGCUACGCAAUAAAGCGAGAGAACACCUUGACAGUUUUCACUUGAUACUUCCUGCACUCACGUGGAGCGCCGCCGAAGCAAUCGUGGCUUCGCAAGAUACGCUUUUUCGACGAGGAAAGGAAUCUCAGAUGUCAUCAUUCACCGACGACGGGUUCUCUCUGGGAAUCGUGUACUUACUGAGCGUCCUGAACCAGCAUCAAGCUUUCGACGCGCUUCACUGGUUCGAGUCCGCGUCUCGUCACUUUGACACCGAGCGAAAGCGCGCGAACGACUCCAGUGUGGGCGGUUUCGGAAUACUCGGUCGCACUGCGGACGAAAAGACGAAACUCCAGGUCAAGCUCGAGAAGAUCGCCGCGCUCGAGCGCGAAUUCAUUCACUUGAAGCACUCGCUCGUGAGCGCUCGCAGCUUUGUCUCCUUUUAA